GCCACCACUCAGUCCCCGGGCGCCGUGACUGAGGACAUUUACACCAACGGCUCAGUGUCCGCGGGCAGCCCUGCCCACAGCAGCAGCCGCGAGAUGCGCAAGAUACGCCUCGUCCAGUUCGAAAAGGUCAUGGAAGAGCCCAUGGGAAUCACGCUGAAGCUCAACGACAAGCAGAGUUGCAUGGUGGCCAGGAUCUUCCACGGGGGCAUGAUUCACAGACAAGGCUCCCUUCACGUGGGUGAUGAAAUCAUAGAAAUCAAUGGGCAGAGCGUGAGCAACCACUCAGUUGACCAGCUGCAGAAGAUGCUGAAAGAAACCAAGGGGAUGGUCUCAAUAAAAGUCAUUCCCAACCAGCAAAGCCGCCUGCCUGCUCUCCAGAUGUUCAUGAGGGCGCAGUUUGACUAUGACCCCAAGAAAGACAACCUGAUCCCCUGCAAGGAAGCGGGGCUGAAGUUUCAGACUGGUGACGUGAUUCAAAUCAUAAACAAGGACGACAGCAACUGGUGGCAGGGCCGGGUGGAGGGCUCCUGCACCGAGUCAGCAGGACUCAUCCCUUCUCCGGAGCUGCAGGAGUGGCGUGUGGCGAGCGUCACCCAGUCCAGUCAGAGCGAAUCCCCGAGCUGUAGCCCCUUUGGGAAGAAGAAGAAGUGCAAAGAUAAAUACCUGGCCAAGCACAGCUCAAUUUUUGACCAGCUGGAUGUGGUUUCCUAUGAGGAGGUGGUGAGGCUGCCUGCCUUCAAGAGGAAGACUCUGGUGCUCAUCGGGGCCAGUGGCGUGGGCCGUAGCCACAUCAAGAACGCUCUGCUCAGCAACCACCCGGACAAGUUCAUGUACCCACCUCCAUACACCACACGGCCCCAGAAGAAGAAUGAGGUGGAUGGGAAGGACUACUACUUCGUCUCCACCGAGGAGAUGACGCGGGACAUCUCAGCCAAUGAGUUCCUGGAGUUUGGAAGCUACCAGGGAAACAUGUUUGGCACCAAGUUUGAAACAGUGCACAAGAUCCACCAGCAGGACAAAGUUGCUAUUUUGGACAUAGAGCCCCAGACCCUGAAGAUUGUCCGCACGGCCGAGCUCUCCCCGUUCAUAGUGUUCAUUGCCCCAACAGACAAGGCAGAGCAGACAGAGGCUUUGCAGCAGCUCCGGAAGGAUUCGGAGAGCAUCCGGAGCCGAUACGCACACUACUUUGACCUCUCGCUAGUCAACAACGGGGUGGAAGAAAGCCUCCAGCUGCUGCAGGAAGCCUUUGAGCAGGCCUGCAACUCCCCACAGUGGGUGCCUGUCUCCUGGGUCUACUGAGAGGGCAUCCGACCCCAGCCGCUUCCCAUCAGCCAUCCUGCAGCCGUGGGGAGAAACCUCCUCCUCAGCUUUCCCUGAUCCACACAGAGCCCAGCACAGCUCCCUUCCUCUGCUGCUCCUCAGACAUGGUCUCAAGUGGUUGACACACAUAACAGGAUCUCCAGAUCCCCUCUCCCAAGGGAACACCAGACAGGGAAUGCCCAGGGGACAGCUGCCUCCUGGGGUACCACAAU